AUGGCUUCUUUGCGGAGAGUGAAAGUCUUGCUGGUGUUAAACUUGAUUGCAGUCGCCGGCUUUGUCCUUUUCCUGGCCAAGUGCCGGCCUGUUGCCGUGAAAAAUGGGGACACCUUCCGUGAAAUCCAUCCGAGGGCAGAAGUGGCCAACUUGACUACUCAUGUGAUCAAUCCCAUCCAGGACUCGGUUUUGAAAAGACUGUCACUCCUUGAAGACAUUGUCUAUCGGCAACUCAAUGGCCUCUCCAAAUCCUUGGGGCUUAUUGAAGGCUACGGUGGCCGCGGCAAAGGCGGGCUGCCUGCCACCCUCUCCCCAGAGGAGGAAGAGAAAGCCAGAGGAGCGCAUGAGAAAUAUGGCUAUAAUUCGUACCUCAGCGAGAAAAUAUCUCUGGACCGUUCCAUACCAGACUAUCGCCCAACCAAGUGUAAAGAACUGAAAUAUCCCAAGGAUCUUCCUCAGAUCUCCAUCAUCUUUAUCUUUGUGAAUGAGGCCCUGUCCGUCAUCCUGCGUUCGGUCCACAGUGCGGUCAACCACACGCCGGCUCACCUUUUGAAGGAGAUCAUCCUCGUGGACGAUGACAGUGAUGAAGAGGAGUUGAAGGCACCUCUAGAGGAGUAUGUCAACAAGAGGUACCCUGGCCUGGUGAAGGUAGUACGCAACCUGAAAAGGGAAGGCCUGAUCCGGGCUCGCAUCGAAGGCUGGAAAGUUGCAUCAGGUCAGAUCACUGGCUUCUUUGAUGCCCAUGUGGAAUUCACAGCAGGCUGGGCUGAGCCGGUCCUCUCACGCAUCCAGGAAAACCGGAAAAGGGUGAUCCUGCCUUCCAUUGACAACAUCAAGCAAGACACAUUUGAGGUUCAGCGCUAUGAAAAUUCAGCGCACGGAUACAGCUGGGAGCUGUGGUGCAUGUACAUCAGCCCACCAAAAGACUGGUGGGAUGCUGGAGACCCUUCCUUACCCAUCAGAAACAAACUUGCUCGCUAUACCAAAGAAGGAUUUCUUCAUUUGGGGGCUCUCGGGAGCACAGUCCUCCUGCCAGAUACCCGCUGCUUGGUAGAUAACAUGAAAAGCAAGUACCCUCAACUCCUUGAUUGUGAGAAAGUCAAGAGCAGCCUCCAUAAGCGCUGGAACUUCAUCCAGAAUGGUGCAAUUCUAAAUAAAGGGACAGGGCGCUGCUUGGAGGUUGAGAAUAAAGGUGCAUCAGGUACAGAACUUAUCCUUCGCAGUUGCACAGGACAGAGGUGGACAAUUAAAAACAUAAUCAAGUAG